UUGGCCGCGGUUCAGUUUUUCCCAUGUCAACUCCUCUAGCAGCCUGGGGGGAACUGGGGGGAAAACAAGGACACUGUUCGGACUCAGGCUGGAGAUAAAACACGCUGCUCUACAACAAGGACUUACUGGGGUCCCGUCGAUAUGAAACCCUGUGUCUGUGUGGAUUUACACUUUGUUUUUGGCGGAAUCAGAGUGCCGGAGCGGCGCUGUUGACAAACUGGUUGUUAUUGUGGCGCUGAGUCGAGUCGAGGCCGAGGGCCGUUUGAUAACGGUAGUUAGCAUUCACAUGUGUUUCGGCUCGUUUUGUUUUUCUUCGUAAAUGCUUUCCAAAGGAGAACGGCAUAAAGGACAGUGUCUUGCUCGGGUCUCCCUCGCUGAAGGACUAUGUUUGCUCGCUGGCUGACGCUUGCACUUAUUCGGGGAAGUUUGUUGGCAGGUCCUGGGCAUGCAGAAGUGGGCACCAGAGAGUGUGUGUACUAUAAUGAUAACUGGCGAGUGGAGAGGACCAAUCAGAGCGGCUAUGAGAGAUGUGAGGGCGAGAAGGAUAAGCGGCAGCAUUGCUACGCCUCCUGGCUCAACUCUUCUGGAACCAUCCACCUGGUCAAAAAGGGCUGCUGGCUGGAUGACUUUAACUGCUACGACAGACAGGAGUGUGUGGCCACAGAGGAAAGUCCUCAGGUCUUUUUCUGCUGCUGUGAGGGAAAUUACUGCAAUGAAAGAUUCACACACCUGCCUGAGACCAUCGCUCCAGCAGUGAAGAUCCAGCCUCCACCAACGGGUCCAUCUCUGUUGGGGGUGCUAGUUUAUUCUCUCCUUCCGCUGGUCGUGCUCUCUCUGGCCCUUGUGCUCGCUUGCUGGACAUACCACCAACGCAAACCGCCCUACGGCCAUGUGGACAUCAGCCAGGAUGCGGGUCCUGCUCCUCCGUCUCCUCUGGUGGGUCUAAAGCCACUGCAGUUGCUGGAGCUGAAAGCCAGGGGGCGCUUUGGCUGCGUGUGGAAGGCUCAGCUGCUGAGUGAAUAUGUAGCAGUCAAGAUAUUCCCUAUUCAGGAUAAGCAGUCAUGGCAGAAUGAGAGAGAUAUUUACCUGACAGAGGGAUUGAGACACGAGAACCUGCUUCGCUACAUCUCAGCUGAGAAACGAGGGACUAACCUGCAAAUGGAGCUGUGGCUUAUUACUGAGUUCCAUGAGAGGGGCUCUCUGACAGAUUACCUGAAGGGGAAUGUAGUGAACUGGGCUGAGCUGUGCCACAUUGCUGAGAGCAUGGCCAGAGGCUUGGCUUACCUACAUGAGGACCUGUCCUACAGGCUGGAGGGACCUAAGCCUGCCAUUGCUCACAGGGACUUUAAGAGUAAGAAUGUGCUGCUCAGGACAGAUUUGACUGCUGUGAUAGCAGAUUUUGGUCUGGCUGUGCGCUUUGAACCAGGGAAGCCACCAGGAGAUACUCAUGGCCAGGUGGGCACUAGGCGCUACAUGGCUCCAGAGGUGCUGGAGGGGGCCAUUAACUUCCACAGGGAUGCAUUUCUACGGAUCGACAUGUACGCUCUGGGGCUGGUGCUGUGGGAGCUGCUGUCUCGCUGCACCGCUGCUGAUGGGCCUGUGGAUGAGUACCUGCUCCCCUUUGAGGAGGAAAUCGGUCAGCACCCCUCUCUGGAGGACCUGCAAGACGUGGUGGUCCAUAAGAAGAUGAGGCCCAUCCUGAAGGACUGUUGGCUCAAACAUCCGGGUUUGGCUCAGAUGUGCGAGACGGUGGAAGAGUGCUGGGACCACGACGCCGAGGCUCGUCUGUCCGCGGGCUGCGUGGAGGAACGCAUUGCGACUAUCGCCAGGGCCGCCAACACCACUAACACUUCUACCUCUGAGUGCCUGGUCUCCAUGGUAACCUCGGACAGUGACUCAGAACUGCCACCCAAAGAGUCCAGCACUUGACUCUCAGCCGCUGAACCAGGAGCGAGACCACUUCACCAUGGUUCUGUUUCCAUAACGACUGGAUGGACAUCUUCAAACCUCUCCAAUAAUAAUGUGAACUCUGCUGCUGUCCUGAUCUUCAUGUAUUUUCCUUUGGAUGAAUUGUGAAUGUUUUUUGGACAUGUCCGGUCAGUUUUACCAGCCUCACACUACCUGUCUACUGUAUUCCUUUAUCUGGAAAGCACAAACACGACAAGAAAGCUGACACCUCAAAGGGCAUUCAGGUGACCACUUCAAAGUGCUGUAGCAUUAGCACACGUUACCUCAUCUGUUUUUCAUUGUACUCUUAGGA